AUGGAAUUCCCAAAAUUGUUAUUAUAUAUCGGUUUAAUAUUGGCCACAGUCAGGGACUUUUGUAUCGCUGAUGAUCCAGGACAUAUACAUCGUUUACCCACCAACUCAAUACCAGUUGAUUAUCACAUCGGGCUGAUUAUUCCGGAUUUAGAAAAAAGCAAUACUUAUCACGGUGAAACCAAUGUCACUGUCAGCAUUGUUCGCGAAUCGUUUUACAUAAGCUUACACUCGCAAGGAUUAAAAAUAAAUGAAAUGGCGACAACAUUGAUGAACGACACAAUAACAUAUAAACCGACGAACCAUACUUAUGACCAUAAAACGAAUAUAUUAUCGCUAUAUUUCGAAGAGCAAUUGUAUCGCGGUAAUUACACCUUGAACAUGAAGUUUGCUGGUAAUUUCUCUCAGAUAGGUUCUGGCAGUGGUGGUUUUAUAAAAAUUCCGUACACAGACGAGGAAAAAAACAGAACGUUGGCCGCAACACUCCUCGUGCCGAAUAAAGCCAGACGAAUGUUUCCAUGUUGGGACGAGCCAGCGAUAAAAGCUUACUUCAUGAUCACCGUGAUACAUCAUGAGAAAUACACGGUAUUAUCAAAUUGGCCGAUGCGAAAUUAUUACUUCACAGAAAAUGACAUGAAAGUGACAUACUUCGACCGCACUUCUACAGUAUCCGCUUAUCUUGUGGGAAUUGUGAUUGUAUCAAAUUUUGUUCGCUUUACUAACACCGACCAGUCCGUUAAUGUGUGGUGCAGAUCGUCUUUGACAUCGCAAGCAAGAUUCGUGCUAAGCAUUGCCGAACGGGUUACGCCGCUCUUGGAGGAGUAUACCAAUAAAACCAAAGGGGUACCGAAAAUAGAUUACGUCAUGGUACCAAAUUAUCCGAUCGCCGGCAUGGGAGAUUGGGGAAUCAUCAUUUACGACGAAUCAAAAGUUGUCUACGAUGAUAGCAAGGAUCCUACAUUUCAGAGAAGGAAUAUAGCAUCGUUAGUAGCAUAUGAAAUCGCAUAUCAGUGGUUCGGCAAUUUCAUCAACCCAUCUUGGUGGUCUGACCUGUGGUUAAGCGAGGGGUUUGCUGUGUUCUUCCAAGUGUAUUCCCUCAACAAGAUAUUUGAAGACUGGCGGUCAAUGGACUGUUUCGUUACUGAGGUCAUGCACGAUUCUCUCCAUCUAGAUGAUGGCUCUUUGGAUUCUGUUAGCUUAUUGGUUCUUACAUUGAACUUUCACGCUAACGAUACCUUGGUUAACCAACUCUUUGUUAAUCAAAUUUUUGGAAAAGCUCCAGCUAUAUUGCGCAUGUUAUAUUAUGCAGUGGGCGACGAGGUAUUUCGAAAGGGUAUUAUCGAGUAUUUUGCUACAAAUCCAUUUGGAUCGGUUACUCCCGACGAUUUGUGGAGCGCCAUGCAAAGUGCUCUGCAGAUGGCCCCUUAUAUUUCUUAUAUGCAACAACAAGAUUUUAAAAUAAAAGAUGUGAUGGACACGUGGAUAAACCAAAAUCGUUACCCUGUGCUAAAUGUAACGAUAAAUUACAAAACUGGCGAAGUGGCAGUAACACAAAAAUGUUUCCGCGUAACUGAAUGUAUCAAUAAUAAAUGGUGGAUACCCAUGACCUAUGCCGACCAGAGCAAUUUGGAUUUUUCCAAUACCAUGCCCAAUAAUUGGUUAGGACCAGAUCAAACUAGUAGAGUGGAAAUUAAUAUAAGAGAUUGGAUUAUCGUAAAUGUACAACAAACUGCAUACUGUCGUGUCUAUUACGAUAACACAAAUAUGGAAAGAAUCAUACGUUACUUGAACUCUGAGGAAUACAAGAACAUACACGUCCUCAAUCGUGCUCAAAUUAUCGAUGAUGCAUAUGCUUUUUUGCUCGAAGAUCAACUAGAUAGUUCCGUAUUUAUGAAUCUUAUACACUACCUAAGACGAGAGAGAGAUUAUGUGGCAUGGCGUCCAAUGUUCCGAAUAUUAGAACGGAAUGAGGAGUACUUUUCACUGCCAGAGAGCAAAAGUUUCAAGUCACACAUGGUAGAAAUCUUUGAUGGGGUUCUUCAGCAUGUGGGAUACGAAGAAAAUCCUGAUGAUGACGAUAUCACAAAGAUGCUAAGGCUAAAUGCCCUGAAAUGGGCAUGUACUGUCGGUCACGUAGAAUGUAAAAGAAAGGCCGCUGUUAAAUUGAGCGAACAUCUCGCGGAUCCUAAUACUCACAAAGUUCCACAAUGGUGGGAAGAUUGGACGUACUGCUUUGGUCUAGCGGUAGCUAAUAGGACUACUUGGGAUAAAAUAAUGGAACUAUAUCAGCGAACAUCUGAUAAGAAAUUUUGGAAAAUAUUGAAUUGUGCUGAAGAUCCUGAUAUCAUUGUUAACUAUUUGAAUAUUACAGCAUCCAAUACUACAUUAUUUAACCAUAAGCAGCAUGCAUUGAUCUUCAAUUUAAUUCUUGAAGCCCAUGCACGCAACGAUUUGGUCCUUCACUACAUAUUAGUAGAUUUUAAUAAUAUAAUACCCAGAUUAUUUCUUACAACUCUAACGAUAAAAAAAAUCAUUUCGAAUGUUUUCUCUAACGAACAAAUAUCCAGGGUGAACAGAUUCGCAGAAACUUAUUUCAAAGAUCCAAACACUUUGUCAAGCAUUAGAAAGCUGAUAGAAAAUCGUAAAAAUAAUCUUAAAGAGUCCGUAGAUAUUUUUACAAAGCAAUUUGGAAGAAAUCAAACUUAAGUGACCAAUUGAUCUGAUCAAUCAAAAAUAUCAAAUGUGAUGCAAGACAAUAUAAUUAUCUGCAUAAUUUUCCAAAUAAUA